GAGACAGUAUAUGCGCAGAGUCGAUCUAGAUCUACGGAAAGUCGAGUAGCAUUACAGGAACCCUUGCAAUCCCUGCCACGGAACAUGUCCCUCUGCAUGUCGGCCCAGAAGGUCCCGAGGGCGGCCAGGUUCCUCGCUUCCAGGUCUCUUCAGCCGAGCCCGUGUCGUAUUACCCCGCCGUGGACGAGCAACUCGAUAUCGAGGUGUCGAUGGAGCAGCUCAGACGCAUCAGCCGUCUCGCGUGGGCAGGGCAAAGGCAAACCUGCCGUGAGAGCGGCAGCGAGCAGAUGGACUACAUUUCAAGUCCUGAGUCUGGUUGCAGCGGCGGGAUGUCUGACUUACUAUAUUGCUACAGUGCAGUCGCAGUUGGGGAGGGUGAAAGAGAAGGAUUAUUCAAAUCCCGCCAAGUUUGGCGGCCAGCCAAAAUAUGCCAAUCUCAACGACAUGGAAGCUGCCAUCAAGGAAAUCCGUCAAGCGAUAGGGAAUGAGGAUACCAUCUCGACCGAUCCUGAAGACCUGAAAGCUCACGGUUAUUCAGAAUGGUCCUCAACCAACGUCGAUAGUCUCCCCGUCGCAGUAGCGUAUCCAAGGUCUACGGAGGAAGUAUCUCAAAUUGCCAAAAUCUGCUACAAAUAUCGAGUACCCAUCAUCCCUUUCUCCGGAGGAUCCAGUCUCGAAGGCAACUUCUCAGCCCCUUAUGGGGGCAUUUCCGUCGAUUUCGCAUUCAUGGACCAGAUUCUGCAAUUCAAUCAGGAGGAUAUGGAUAUUGUCGUCCAGCCCUCUGUUUCUUGGAUGGAAUUGAAUGAGGAGUUGGCCAAACGCCAGUCCGGACUCUUUUUCCCUGUCGACCCCGGUCCCAGUGCAAGAAUAGGGGGAAUGGUGGGAACGAACUGCUCUGGGACUAAUGCUGUUCGCUAUGGUACCAUGAAGGACUGGGUAAUCAAUCUCACUGUUGUUCUUGCAGAUGGUACUAUCAUCAAGACCAAGCGUCGUCCGAGAAAAAGCUCAGCUGGAUAUAAUCUCAAUAGUCUCUUUGUAGGGUCAGAAGGUACACUCGGUUUGGUGACCGAGAUCACUCUGAAGCUCGCGGUAGUGCCACAAGAAUACUCGGUUGCUGUCGUCACGUUCCCUACAAUCCGAGAUGCGGCGUCAGCUGCCGCCGGGGUUAUGAGGGCUGGUAUACAGGUUGCAGCUAUGGAGAUUAUGGAUGAGGUCCAGAUGAAAGUUGUCAACUUGUCAGGGUCAACGGCGCCAAGAAAAUGGAAAGAGUUGCCGACUCUCUUCUUCAAGUUUAGUGGAACGAAAGCUUCUGUUAAGGAGAAUAUAGCUAUGGUGUCAGCAAUUGCAAAGGCCCACAAAGGUGGAGACUUUGAAUUUGCCAAGGAUGCAAAGGAGCAAAAGCUUCUCUGGUCUGCGCGAAAAGAGAGUCUCUGGUCGAUGCUGGCCUUGAGGAAGGAGGGUAGUGAGGUCUGGAGCACGGAUGUUGCAGUACCGUUCUCAAGGUUGGCUGAUAUCAUCGAGGUCAGCAAGAAGGAGAUGGACGAUCUAGGAUUAUUUGCGAGCAUCUUAGGGCACAUUGGAGAUGGGAAUUUCCACGAGAGUAUUAUGUACGACUCGACGGUUGAGGGGGAGAAGGAGAAGGUGGAAAAAUGUGUGAAGAAUAUGGUAAAUAGGGCUCUCCAAAUGGAAGGAACCUGCACUGUGAGUCCAUCCCCUUGUACGCAUAUUUAAAUUGAGCUGAUGCGGGAGUCAGGGUGAGCAUGGCAUCGGGAUCGGGAAGAAGGAGGCAUUGCUGAUGGAGCUUGGAAAUGACACCCUUGGUGUAAUGAAAUCCAUUAAACAGGCUUUGGAUCCAUAUUGGAUUAUGAAUCCUGGGAAAAUAAUCGAUAUUCCUUCAUAGCGGUUGACGUUCUUCGGGGUGUUCAACUCAGGACAAAGUAGACUUGGACACUACUUUGGGUUAUUGUUAAUUUCUGCAUAUUGGUCAAAUCUCGGUGCGCGGUUAUGCAUAUUUGUUUGUUUCUCGUCAGUUCUGCGUUUGCAUGUCCUUCUACUCGGUGCACAUGAAAGCGGAUAGGAGGAGCAGUGGUAGAAUGGAACGCUACAUAAUUGCAUUGUCAUGGAUACUCUUACAUAGAUAGAUUCCUACGCUCCUCACGACUGCACUGUCAAGGCAAUAUCUACGAGAAUACGACACUACUUAUAUUCCUGUG